AUGUACUUUACGCGCCUUACUCGGCUUGUUAUUCAGAGUAACUACAAAAAUGGUACGAUUGUUCAUAAAAGGCCAGCAACAACAACCCCUAGUGGAGCGAUUCUUCCCGAACCAGAGAAGACUCCUUUCGGGCUGUUGAGUGUGGUGUGCGCUGUCGUACCUGGACUACUGAUUGGCGCAGCUAUUAGUAAGAAUAUAGCGAAUUUCUUAGAGGAGAACGAAUUAUUUGUCCCUUCGGAUGACGAUGACGACGACGACUAG